UCGACCUUCAUUCGGCGAGUUGCAACUUGCGUUAGAACACAGGGUGUAUUUGAUAUAAUAAUCAUUUCUAGAAGCCAAUAGAUACUAUACAAGCAAGUGAUUAAAGACACGCCACAUCCUGAAAAUGUAUCUGUAGAAAAGAGAUGGGAACGGUAUAUUCUACUUUGUUCACACGGCCUAGUUUGAACAUAGCUCACUUUGUUAGAUUAUUUAAAGUGUCUCAGACAGAGCUUCCAAAUAUACUCCGGGAAUUACUUACGGUAAAAGAGCCACCCGCGUCUCUGGAUGGCGAUAUUCGGAGUACCAGGUACAUGUCCAAACAACUGAGAGCCUUUGAAUGGAAAGUCAUAGCAACUGUCCGUACAAAACAGUAUGCUGAUUUUGAUGUUUCUCUUAUGUACAAGAUAAUAAGAAAUUUAAAUUUAGUUCCACCACCAACACGAGGUUGGGACAACCAAAAUCCACCAACUCCGACAGAAAUUACAAUUUGAGAUGAUGUAGAACGAAUCAGACAUAGCCGGAAUGAUAUUGUGCAUAGUAGUAAUACAAAUAUCUCAGACUUAGAACUAGAUAAUAGGUUUUCACUUUUCAUAGACAUUGCAAGUAGAUUUGAAGUAUACCUAAAUAAACGGAAUAGAGAAUAUGUGUCAAGAAUAGAAAACGUUAAAACUUGCUGCAUAGAUCCGGAUACAGAACAAAUAUACCUUCGGCAGUUGGAAGAUCUAGCUGAACACGAGAGAAGAAUGGCAUCAAGUAUAUCCACGGUCAGUCAAAAUAUUGAUGUGUUGCGUCGACAAAGUGAAAUGGCGAUCUCUAGUCUGUAUGCAAAAGUUGUCGCUUUACAGAAUGAGCAAGAAGAAAUCAUCCCAAAGAAAAUUAAAGACUGGAUGAAAAAAGAGAUAGAAGACUGGAAAAUGAAAGACACCAAAUUUGUACCUACAAGAUCAAGCGUUUAUGUUUCAAAUUGCAUACAGAAACAGAGCUGCGUAACAUUGACAGGCAGUUCUGGAGUAGGGAAAACAUUCGUGGCUAGGCACAUUGCACUUAAUUUACAAUCAAAUGGAUACAGAAUUGUCCCAGUCUUAACAUCAACUGAUAUAAAGGACUAUUAUGCGCCCGGAAAACAAACUGUUUUUCUUGUAGAUGAUAUAUGUGGUAAAUUUACUAUAAGCCAAACACAGCUUGAGAAUUGGCAACAGAUGCUACCAAUAAUCAAAAUAAUUCUUAAAGACAAGUGCUGCAAGAUAAUUUCAACAUGUAGAUUGCAAGUCUAUAUCGAUGAUAAAUUUAGAUUGUUAGAGCCUUUUAGAAUAUGUGAAUGUAAUUUGAUCUCGAAAGAAAUGUGUCUUACACAAUUAGAAAGAACAACAAUAAAAAAAAUGUACAAAGUUAAUGGAAAUUUUGAUGAUAAUUUACAAGUAAGUGAUUGUUUUCCUCUAUUAUGUUCAUUGCAAUGUCUUCCUGUAAACAAAUUUAGAGAUUAUACCAAAUUUUUUAGAAAUCCAUUUGAUUUUUAUAAGGAUGAAUUGGACAAUCUGAAUAGAAGCGAUGUUGGAGGCAAGCAUAAAAUAUGUGGUCUUCUCUUAUGUGUACUUUCUAAUAAUAAAAUCCAAGAAAAAUGGUUCGAAGGUAGAGUAACAGAUGAACAGCGGCAAAUUUUAGACGAUGUAUAUGCGGCUUGUAGACUGAAUAUUAGUACACCGAAGACUGAAAUUAAGGAUGCAUUAGAAACAUUAGAUGGUUCAUUAGUUAUGAAAAGGAAUGCAAAAUACAGUGUUGUACAUGAUAAAAUAUUUGAUUUUAUGGCUCACUACUUCGGUGGAAGAAUGAUUCGAUGUUUGAUAGAUCAUUCUGAUUCCUAUUUCAUAAGUGACCGAUUCCGAUGGACAAAACUAAAGAACUUCAAUACAUCUGUCAUUGAAUUCUCUAUAAAUCUUACUGAUGAUUACUUUGGGCUGUAUUUAGAAAGAUUGGUAAACGAAUGGUCGGUAGGUAGGAUGACAGUCGUAUUUAUCAACAAUAAUAUGAAAUAUACAUUAUUCAGAGAACAAUUAUUAUUGCACUUACAAAAACAUGACAAAAUGCAGCGGGUGAAACUGGCAAACACAAAAGAUACCUUUGAAAUAAAGGGAUGGGGUACUUCAGGCAGCUAUCCAAUGUUACAUGCAUGUUAUUAUGGUUAUAUUGAUAUUGCCCAUUGGCUAUUAGACAAUGCUGUAGACGUGAAUCAAUGUAGAGAUGAUGGAAAUACUUCACUCUUUAUGGCUUGUUAUAAUGGUCACAAAAAUAUCGUCUCCCUCUUACUAGAAAGGAAUGUUUCCAUCAACAAAUGUAAUGAAAAAGGAAUAACCCCUCUUUUCAUUGCCUGUGAGAAAGGUUAUUCUGAAAUAGUAAAUCUAUUAUUGGCUAGUAAUGCCGAUAUCAAUAUCAGUAUGAAAGAUGAAGUUAAUAGCAUAUCACCGCUACUGAAAGCGACUCUGUUGAACCACAUUGAUAUCGUGAAGAAACUGCUGAAGAAAAACCCAGACGUGAAUUUUUCUGAAAAAGAUGGUUUCACGCCUCUUAUAUUCGCUUGUCAGAAUAACUACACAGAUAUGGCACGUCUGUUAAUUUAUAAUAAAUCAAAUGUAGAUAUGAAAACGAUUACCGGUGCUACCGCUAUACUCUUAGCUGCAGCAAAUGGAAAUAUUGAAAUCACUCGAUUACUUUUAGAAUUCAAUGCUGAUUGCAAUGUACAACUUUACAGUAAAGAGAUGGUAUCAUUUAGAAUGUUGUCUUGUCCAUGGACAACAUUAACAAAUGUAAAACUGUUCAUAUUCAACUUUACCAUUGAAAGGGGAGUACCAAGCGUUCAACAGUAUGCCCGCCUAAAGUCAGUAGAUUAUAUAUUUGAUAUUAUGGCAGGUUCAUCCCCUUUACACAUUGCCUGUGCUAUGGGUCAUUUGGAAAUAGUUAAAUAUCUUUUGCUCUAUAACGCCUCUGUUAAUCUGACAAAAGAUGAUGGAACAACUCCAUUAUUUUAUGCAUGCGAACUUGGACAUGAUAGUAUUGUACGUUUGCUUUUAGAUACAGAAGCAGAUAUCACUAUUUGCAGAGAUGAUGGAAGAUCGCCACUGGCAAUUGCAAAAGAAAAUGGUCAUAAGAAUAUAGAGAUGACCUUGGGUGAUACUGUGCUAUAUUUUAGAGGUAACCAGUAGAUGUAAUACAUGUAGAUCUACUUACGAAUAUAUAACUAAACAAUCAAUCAUUACUUUGUAAAAAGAAUUGUAGCUACUGAACUCCAGUGUGAACGAAUGUAACAAACGCUAUACGAAAGAUGUAUCAUAAAGCAUGUCAAAUGGAGAACCAUACUUUUGGUGAAGCAUACUUUCGGAGAAUAAAUGAAGGCCGAUAAGAUCAAUGAUGUUUGGUAAAAAAGAAUCAUGUUUAUAACGUAUAGAUCUAUGAACUAUGAAGUUAUGUUGAUAAGUUUAGUAUUACACUUAGUCUGGAAUACUUCUCUUUAAAAUAGGCAGUUUAUAUUGUAGACAAUCAAGGACAAACGGAAUGAUAUUCGAUAGUGAGAACUUUUUAUUCAGGUUUGAUAUUGUUUCAAAUAUUUGGUAUCUAAUGAUUUGGUUUGUAUGUAUAUUUGUAGCAUUAGACUUCUCAUUUAGGGUAUGUUUCAAUCAGUUAUACAUAAAUUAAGUUUAUAUCAGAAUUUAUGGGAAAAAAUGCAUUUGCAAUAUUUUACCUAAUACCUUCAUGAAGGGGUCCACAAAUAAGGCAAGGCUGUAUUUUCAAGACUCGAAAUUCGAAAUGAAAAAUCAUUGUG